AUGUGCACCUUGGAGAAAAGAGGCAACAUCUUCAUUCUAACACUCACCGGCGAUGACGAACACCGUCUUAACCCUACGCUCCUCAAUUCCAUUCAAUCCUCCCUCCGCCGCCUCCGCCAAGAAGCCACCGCCUCCUCCGUCCUCAUCACCACCGCCCACGGCAAAUUCUUCUCCAACGGCUAUGACGUCGCCUGGGCUCAAUCCUGCACUGACCGCAUGAUCCUCAUGGACUCUCUCCUCCGCUCAAUCGUCUCCGAUCUCCUCUCCCUCCCCAUGCCUACCAUCGCCGCCGUCACGGGCCACGCCUCCGCCGCCGGUUACACCCUCGCCCUCGCUCACGACUACGUCCUCAUGCGCAGCGAUAGAGGAUUCCUCUACAUGAGCGAGCUCGAUAUCAACUUCGUAAUUCCCUCGUGGUUCGUCGCAAUCAUCGACGCCAAGGUCGGCUCCCCCGCGGCUCGGCGCCAGAUCGUCAUGCAGGCAGCUAAGCUCACGGCUAAGGAGGCGCUUCGGCUCGGCGUCAUCGACUCGGCUCACGACACCGCCGACCAGACUGUUGAGGCUGCGCUGGCUUUAGGCGCUGAUUUGGUGAAGAGAGGAUGGGAUGGACACGUGUACGCCAAAAAUCGGAAGCGCUUUUUGGGCCGUGUGAUUCAAGCCGUGGAAGACACUUCCGAGAGAAACAUUUCCUCGCGCCUUUAAUUGGGCCUGUUAAUUUUUUAUUUUGUUGGGCUCUAUCAAGUCCAACACCUCAGUUCAGUGAUAUUUACUGUGUAACGUAGCUUUUUAAGCGAUG